ACAAAAAUCCUAAAUUAAUGGCUUAAAAAUUUUCUUUUACCAUAAACUCACAUGAGAGAAUCUCUUUCCUGAAUUAGCCAAUUGACACACACGAGAGAUAGAUUUAAAAUACUGACCAUUCUUUUGCCGCUCUCGUCUUCCUCUUCUUCUCCCACUCUCUUGCCGUUGCCGCCGAUGCUUUUUCCCUCUCUGUAACGCGCCGCCGAUCGAACUCUUUGUUUCUUUCUCAGACAACAAUGGUGAGACGUAAGAGGCAACGCAAGGACAACCAGAAUGAACAGGAUAGGAUCAGUGACUUGAGCGAUUGUCUUCUCCUUCACAUACUCUCUGUUUUGAACACCAAACAGGCCAUUCAAACUUCCAUUUUGUCCAAAAGAUGGAUCAAUGUCUGGAAGAAUCUUCCCUCUCUUACAUUAAGUUGUUUUGACAUUCGGAACAUUGACCUAUUCCAAAAGACUUUAAAAGAUGCUGUUUCACACAAUAUCAAACACUUAAAACUAGUUGUAUCUACUAUUGAAUGCAUCCCGCCUUACUUUUCAUGUCUCAGUUUAACGUCUCUUAAUCUUAAAGCUUUCUACGGUAAAAUGUUUCACUUGGCCCAACCACAAAUAUUUCCAAAUUCUCUGUGUUUGCCAGCAUUAACUACUCUGUCUCUGGAGUACUUUGCCAUUCGUCGCAGUGAUGAUGGUUAUGUCGAGCCCUUUUCCACAUUUAACAUGUUGAAUACUUUGAUCGUUUGCAGUUGUGUAGUUUUGGGUGGACAAAACCUUCGCAUUUCAAGUACCAAGCUUGGCAAUUUAACUAUACAUUUGUAUCGUGGUCAACCUUAUAAGUACUUUCCCGGAUCCACUUUUGGAAUUGAGUUAUAUCAUGCUCCAAGUCUUCAUACCUUUGUUUUUACUGCUGAUGAUUAUAUUCAUAAACUUUAUGGGAGCAAGAGCGUUUUCUCUUCUAUCAAACAUGUAUAUUUUGAUGUAGUGCGUUAUUUCAAUUUGCAGAGGAGAAAUCAAUCAAACAUACUCGACUUGCUGGUUGAGCUUGCUAAUAUCGAAUCGUUGACCAUCACUUCAACUACUCUUAUGGUUCUUUCCAACUUUCCUGAUGUAUUGAAGGUUAAGCUCCCAUCCUUGCUUAACUUACAGUCACUGAAAGUAAUAACGCAUCCAGGUUCUAGACCUACAACUAUACCUAACGGAAUGGUGCACUUUUUGCUUCAAAAUUCACCCUUGGCAAAGGUUGACUACAUCAAAUAUAAAAAAGGCAUGUUGAUGUGUGCUUCUUGAAUCACAUGUUCAACUAGUUUGAAUUAACUUCUAGCUCAUAGAUAAAGGUUCUUAAUGAAAGUGGGAAGCAAAAAAUUACCAGAGGAGAUGCUGAGUUGGCAAGGGAUUCGGAGAAUUCACAUGUAGAGCGAGUUAGUUAUAUAAAGAAAAAGAGGAAUUUCACUAACCUCCCAUGAGAAAAAGAUGGAACUGCUUCCUGUCACACAACUUACAAAUUUAGAUUAGACAUCAUUACUUUAACAAAAAUGCGUUAAUCUUUUUGCUUCUCUAUGACCUUUUUCUUUAUACAAUUCUGAUUAUUCUUUUUACAAUUCCACAAGAUAGAGUUAAAGUAAACACAGAUGACAUCAUAUUGUAAAUCAUUUUUUCAUAUUUUUUAGUUCUGGUGUAAUUCACACUUACUAUACUCCAUGAGAUUGGUAAAUUGAAUUUGGCUUUAUAGGAUAUAAAGAGAUUGAUC